UUGCGCGUUCGUUGUUUUUAGUUUCCAUGGAAACACGGAAGUCCGCCAUCCAGAGUUGCUGCAGGUGAGCUGACAGGAUGCCUCGGUUCCAGGAGGUGGCAGCCGGCCAACCUUUGACCCCCGGAGGCGGUGGUCUGGUCGCUAAGCGAUACAGCAUCCUGCAGAAUCUGGGCCGAGGAAGUUUUGGUUCGGUUUUUCUGGUUCAGGAUGCCAAAGCUGCAGAUGGAGAGAAGCUGAAGGUGCUGAAGCAGAUUCCUCUGGGUGACCUUCGACCCGACGAGACGGUUAGAGCCACUCAGGAGGCCCAGCUGCUGUCUCAGCUGCACCACCCGGCGAUACUGACCUUCUACCACAGCUUCCUGGAGAGAGACGCCUUCUGUAUAAUCACAGAGUACUGCCAGGAUCAGGAUCUGGACUGUAAGAUAGGAGAGGUGAGACGAGCUGGGCGGAGCCUUCCUGAAAGCCAGGUCGUUGAUUGGCUCAUCCAGCUCCUGCUCGGCCUUCGCUACAUACACGACAGGCGGAUCCUCCACCGAGAUCUGAAGGCCAAGAACAUCUUCCUGAAACGAAACCUCGUUAAAAUCGGUGACUUUGGUGUUUCCUGCCUGCUGAUGGGAUCAUGUGACCUGGCCACCACCUUCACAGGGACUCCGUACUACAUGAGCCCAGAGGUGCUGAGCCACCAGGGCUACGACUGCAAAUCUGACAUCUGGGCUCUGGGCUGCCUCCUCUACCAGAUGUGCUGCCUGACUCACGCCUUCCAGGGUCCAAACUUCCUGUCUGUGGUGAUGAAGAUCGUGGAGGGAGACACGCCAGCGCUGCCCGCCGCCUACUCUCCAGAUCUGAACUCUGUCAUGCGGAGGAUGCUGCAGAAACAACCAACAUCCAGACCGACGGCGGCUGAGCUCCUCAAGAGCAGAUUCAUGGAGGAGAACAUGCAGAAAAUGAAGGACAGGUUUGUCUUCGUCUCGUCAGAGAGAGGAAAGAGCGAUGCUGCAGCCAUCGCUAAGCACAUGCAGACGAAGGUUCACCUGCAGACGCUCAGGGACAGGUCAGAGGUGGAGAAGAUGACCCCCAGAGAAAGGAUGAGACUCCGCAAACUGCAGGCUGCUGAUGAGGAGGCCGGGAGACUCAGGAAACUGGCUGAGGAGAAGUACGAGGAGGUCCACACCCGCAGGAGGGAACUGAGGAGCCGCCAUUUCCAAAAAGUCAGUGUGGAUGUUCUGAAUGAGAGCAGAGAGGGCGGAGCCUGCCGGAGUCAGGCUCAGCCAAUCAGCAGCCAGAAUCACCAGAACGCUGGAGGGUCGGCGCCAAAACCGAAGCAGGACGAGUCAGAACCAGAACUGCACGAUAUCCCUGAGGAUCCCCGGGCUGCAGAAGUUUAUUACAACCAGGACAGGUUCGACUCGUGCUCAGAGGACGACGAGCCAGCGGCACCUGCAGAGACUCUGUACCUGUCUGACCCACAGGUCAGUGAGCUUGAGGCCAUGAUGAAGCACAUGCAGGAGGUUCUGGAUGAGGAGCUGAGUGGAGACCCAGCAGGGCCAGAGGCCCCUCGGAGCCCCGCCCAUCAACCGCAGCCAGUCUGAGAACUCCAGCAGCAGAGACAGCGAGUCCUCCACCUCCUGUUAGUUUGAGGAUCUGAUCCAGAACCUUUUGUACUGGAGGACAAUAAUGAAGCACAGAUGUUACCAACUUGCUUUGAGCAAGGCAGCAGACUUGUUCCUGUUUUAGCUGAACUGAUUUAGGAAUAUUUAGGAUUUCUUAGUUUUUUUCUGGUCUGUCUCCAUGAAAAUAGUUUUUCACAUUUUUACAUGAAGCCGUCGAUGUGCACGUCAGACGCUGGGAUAAAGUAAAGAUGCAAAGUUUAGACUCGGGCACUGCAGGUCCAAGG